CCAACAGGCAGCUUACCUGCAGCAAUGCAUAAACGUGUUAGCUGGCUUUCGAUGAAAAGCCUUCAAGAUUGUGCUGUAGCUGCAGCAGCUCAUUUUAGCGGAGGAUCUAGCAUUGCUACAGAUUCUCAACACGGAGCAGUUCCUCGCUUUCCAAAAAAGAGAGAUAGUAGUGGAAUUCUUAUCGAUAAUUGUUCUGGAAAGGAUUCAAGAUUUUGUGAUACUCGUUCAUCAAAUAGUCAAUUGGGCAGUCUUCUCCAAUUAAACAACACAAAUAACAACAGCGGUACUCUUUUUGGUGGAGUAGAUGACACACUUGGUUAUGAUACAAUGGACUGUGCUGAUACACCUCCAAUUGAUACAAUGAGUUGGAGCAAUAUUGACGAGUUUGACAAUGUGACUUUGAUGUAUUCAAAACAUGAAAAAAUUCCAAUGAAAGAUUUUGGAUCUGAAAUCCGCGCAACAAUGGACAUUGACCACUUGUUAAAUAAAGCUGUAUUACUUUUGGAUUUGCAAGAAACUUCAUUAGAAGAAAUUUUUGCAAAAAUAAUUCAUGAAAUGGAUAUCCAAGAACCAGAAUUUACUAGCGAACAAGUUCGUUCUGUUCUUUUUACGCAAGAUGCUGGAAAUCAAUUUCACAUUUUGAGUCGAACAGUACAAAGCAUUUGCACAACUGGCACAGUUGGUGGAACUUUUGAUUAUGAUCAAACAUGGAUUUGUGCUCUUUGUAUGCUAAGUACUGUCCAGCACCGUCAUGUAGCUAUUGCUCGCCUUUCUCAUCCAACCAAUUUGGGCAGAACAAUGCAAGAUCUCCGUUUUAUUAUUAUUGUUAUUGCUCCAUCUAGAGCGAAAGGCACAAAGACAGCAUUAGAAACAACAAGAACAUUUGCCACACUUUUUGCUGAUAUGGAUAUUAGACAACGUCUUGUAAUGGCCCAUUCAGUUGAGGCAUUUAGAGCAACACUUUUGGAAGCAGCAAAAGAAUUAGCACUUGAACAAUCACAAUGGAGAGAAAGAAAAUCUUCGAUUCAUUUAAGUCAAGCAAAAGAACAAGUUUUUGGUCUAGGCAAAUUCUUUCCAUUUCGUGGUCUCAUAGAAGACUUUAAAAUGCGCAAAAAGCAUUAUAUUUCUGACUAUUUAGAUGGUUUAAGAGGUCAUCGUACAAUGCAAAAAAUGUUUUCUUCAAUUAUUUUUCUUUAUUUUGCUUGUCUUCUUCCCGCAAUUGCUUUUGGUGUGCUCAAUGAUGAUAAUACGGGUGGUAGAAUUAAUGUUAGAAAAGGAAUACUUGCUCAGGCAAUCGGAGGAGUUUUCUUUGCUGCUUUUGGUGGCCAACCAAUGAUUAUUUUAUUAACAACUGUCCCUCUAGCAAUAUAUAUUAAAGUAAUAUAUAGGAUAUCAGAAUCCCUUGGUUAUGAUUUUUUCGCAAUGUAUGCUUGUGUUGGCCUUUGGUGUCAAUUUUUUCUAGUUAUUUACGCAGCUACUGAACUUUGUAGUUUAAUGAAAUUGGCAACAAGAUCAGCAGAAGAAAUGUUUUCACUUUUUAUAGCUAUUGCUUUUGCUGUUGAAAGUGUUAGAGCAAUUCAUACAAGUUUCAUCGAUAACUAUCUAAGCUGUAUUGACACAACAUCAGUUGCUCAACCUCAAAACUUUUCUUUAUUAAACCAAAAAAUAUUAACAAAUACAACAGAAUUAAUCUAUCCACAGAUUGAAAAUGGUUGUAAUAGAGAUACUUUUAUUCUUUAUCUUCUUUUAAUGUUUGGAACAUUAUGGGUUGCCCUGUUUCUUUAUAACUUUAGAAAAACUCCUUAUUUGACACGAUCAAGGCGUGAAUGGCUUGCUGACUAUGCAUUACCUGCUUCUGUUCUUAUAAUGUCAUUUCUUGGAGAACAUACAUUUUCUAAAAUUGAUAAAGAUAUUUUUCAUAUGAGGGCAGAUGUUUCUCUUCUUAAAAUUCCCGAAUUUUGGCGCCUCUCUUGGCAGGCUAUUUUUGUUUGCUUCAUUCUUGGCUUUUUCCUCUCUUUUCUUUUUUAUAUGGAUCAAAAUAUUUGUUCAGCUAUUGUUAAUAAUAAUCAAAAUAAAUUAAAGAAGGGAAGUGCUCAACAUUUAGAUUUACUUGUUGUUUCUAUUUUAAACAUGUUCCUCUCUGUUAUGGGACUUCCAUGGAUGCAUGGAGCUUUACCUCAUUCUCCACUUCAUGUUAGAGCAUUGGCUGAUGUAGAGGAAAGAGUAGCUCAAGGACAUGUACAUGAAGUAAUAAUGAAUGUAAGAGAAACUCGACUAGCAACAUUAAUAGCUCAUAUAUUAAUCCUUGCUUCGACGUUUUUUCUUCUACCAUCACCCUUACAAUCUAUUCCCACUUCUGUAUUACACGGCCUUUUCCUUUAUAUGGCAUUCACUUCAUUGUCAGGCAAUGAAAUGGUUGAAAGAUUGUUAUUACUUAUUACUGAACAGCAAGCAUACCCUCCAACUCAUUACAUUCGUCGAGUACCACAACGUAAAGUUCAUUUAUUUACAACUUGCCAACUCAUUCAAUUAAUUAUUCUUUGUGCUGUUGGUUUUAGCCCUUAUCCUUUCAUAGAAAUGGUCUUUCCAAUUGUUUGUUUUUGCUUCUUGCCAAUUCGGUUAACUGAAAAGCAUUUAUAUUUUUAA